AUGUCUUUCUUUGGAUUCGAUACCUCCCUCCCGAGGGAUCGAGGUCGUGGCCCUGGGGCCAAGGGCUUCUUUGAGAACUCGGAUCCCUUCGCGCAAGUCGCUUUGGCUGACAAGUUCCUGGACGGUGAUGCGUACGCUCCCUUCACGAUGAUGAAACCUGACAUGGAUGAGAUGCUGAUAUAUAUACUUAGCGUUGACUUCGAGGAUACCUAUGACGGCCUUGGCGACCAGCUCGAUGACGAUCAAGACGAGUUCAACGACGACACCUUUGGCGGCGGUGGCGGAGAUGCUGCGCCUGUCGGCAGAGACUUUGAUUUCUUUGGAAGGACUGCUGGUGUUGCCGAUGCCAUUGGAGAAGAGCAGCUCCCCCCACCGGCAACGAUUCCCACCGAGUCGACCUCUAGGCGCACGGGCUACGAGAAGUACUCUGAACCUGGAUAUAUUCCCGACCUGCAAGCGAAAUCGAGCGUUUGGACGCAGAAGGCCGAACCGAGCCCCGCCCCCGCGCCGGCCCCAGCCCCGAGCCGCAAGAUAAUGAGUCUGGAAGAAGUCGAGGCACUUGAGGCACAGAUGCGCCGCGGUCAGCCUGGUGGAAGACUACCUCCACGACAGAUGCAGCAGAUACAGCAGAUGCAACAGAUGGUGGCGGAUCCGUAUCAACGUCACCCUCAACAUUUCCCCACGCUUCAUGAUGGCUUCCACCAGCUGGCUCCGGAAUUGCAGGCGCAGCUUGAGAAGGCGGCAUGCCACCUCCACCCCCGGUGA